GUUGGCUGGGAAGAAGCUUGUCGCUCAUUCUUCAGUGAACAAGUCAACCCUGACGAUGAUCUAUCAUGUGAAGCACCUGCUGCCAGGCCCAGCAUUGAGUCCUUGUACAACCUGGAAGAAAUGGAAAGAGAUUGUGGGAUUGACCUUCUUACAGUUCCAAAUGAGCUCCCAUCAAAUGACAGAUUGGAUGAUGCCACUUCAAUUGAUGGCCAGAAACCAACAAACUGGUUUUCAGGGUCAUUUUGUGAUGGUGUGAUCCCAGAGGGUGGCGCUAACCGACUGCUGACGCUGUACCACCAGACCUCUGAGCUCAACAAGCGCAUAAGUAUAGGGGACUAUGCAAAUCUUCGUUACAGAACACUUAAAUACUUCACUACUUUCCGGCUGCCUCAAGAAAUCAAUGAUGCUCCUAUGUCUUCAGACUUCCUUGAAGAUGCUAUCAUUAAUGUUAGGGUGCAGCGACCAUUCUUCAAGAGGCUGCACUACAGGAAAGCCUGCAACAGGUUCCCGGCACACAGCCAAGAGCUGCUACUGCAUAGUUCCCAAAUGCUGACGAGCCUCAGAGACGCCAUCGAAUGUGUCAACGACUUUGCCGUUCACGAAAACAUGGCCUCCAACCCUAGUGUUGCAGCUGCGUUGCGGGGCAAGAAGUCCAAGGAAAAAUAUCCGUCUGGCAUGUUUUACAUCAAUGGCACAUUUUACGUUGAUAUGAGGUAUCCAGGCUGUAAGGACUACAGCGCAAAUCUCAUCAAAUGGGCCGCUCGGUUUCCUGAAAUCGGUGAACUAAAGACCGCUUCUAUGGAAAAAACAAAGUUAAACGAACUGAAGCUGCGUUUAGGUUAUCCUUACUUGUACCUGCAUCAGGGAAGCUGUGAACAUCUCAUCACGUUUACUGACAUCAGGUUGCAGGAGAAAACAGACGUGCCCGACGUCUCGAAGUAUCCUCUGGUCCGCGGCCACGCCUCCAAACUCAGCGUCAGGUGCUACACUUGCCAUCACAACCUCGCACAGUGGGUGGUGAUCGGCUACAGUCAGCUUAGUGAUCCUCGCUCUCACUUGUGCGAUCCUUGCUUACAUGCGUUCUGCUACGACAGCCAGGGCAAACCAAAGGACUCUUUCACGCUCUAUGCCUUCUAUGACGAAGGCAGCAUGCAGCUGGCAAAAGUCAUGACUCUCGAUGACAAUGAUGAAGAUAAUGAUAAUGACGGUGAAAAUGAUGACGACGGAUAUCAAGAACAUAUUACCAAGGUUGAAGUUGAAGACCCUGAUGUUCCUGCCGUCUCCGGAGAGGAUAUGGAAGAAUCUGAUAAUGAUGAAAUGCUUCCAGAUAUAAAUAAUUGAAGAGUGUUUUUGUUAUAUACUCUUGUACCUGUCUUUAUCGCACAUCAUUAAUGUAUGUAAUGUUAUGGACGUUUUUGUAACAUUUGCUUAAAACAGGAUGCUUUAGCCAGAUUUGGUAGUAGUAAUCCUUGAAUUAAUCACUUGUAUUCACUGCUGCGCAUGAAAUUAGUAACUUACUUGAUGCUUGCCAGAAUCUUAAAAACGUGGAUGAUCACAAGUUCAAUGGAUUACAAUGUUGAUAUCAGUUUUUUUUAUGGCUAACAGCUCGGUUAAAGGACUCUGUUAUGGCUGACAGCUCGGUACGAAAAAAUUAUAAUCUUAGGAUGAUUUUGACAAUAAAUUGUCUUGUA